AUCUCCACAUUUCCGGUCGGAGAUAUUAUGUGCUAGCCUGUACUUUCAUGCAUCCCUACCUUUUAUUUAUCUAUUUAUCUACUUUUUUUCCCCACCUACCUUCCAUUCACAGCAUGCGCCAGACCAGCAGCCAAUCAGGAACAGGGAAGUCAGUGCGGGGUUGAGCCAAUGAGCGGCCUCCUGGGUGAGUCGUGUUUGUUUACGUCGGAUCAGCUGACGGGCCCAGGCAAGGCCCAGGCAAGGCCCAGCUGACCCGUGGCUCGUCACUCGCACCUCACCACCUCCACCAAUCAGGUGCACCGGUGGACACCAGUGCUGGCAACACCCACCCUGGAUCACCUCCCUGUCACGGGGAAGCCACGCCGCCACCUCACGCUGCGCAACCCAAACACAGAGAUGGUGCGUGUGAGGAGGUCGGCCUCGGAAAAUGAGUGCCCUAUUUGUAUGGACCCGGCCAGGUUUGCCUUGGAGACCAACUGUGGCCAUGUCUACUGUGCGAGAUGUAUCAUUCAAAACUGGCAGACCAACUUCACCACAACCCCCAUGCUGUGUCCCUACUGCCGCCAGGAGAUCAUCCUGCUGCUGCCGUGCUUCUCCGAGGGGGAGGUGAUGGCAGCUGAUGUGCCCACAGUGAUGGAGCGGGAGAGGGUGGUGGCCCAGGUGCAGGAAUAUAACAGGAUGUACUCGCAGCAUCCCAGAUCGUGGUACGGCCAGCUGCAGGACCUGCCCACCAUCCUCCGCCACAUUUGGGCCGAGCUCUUCACCUGGCGUGGGAUACUGAUGGCGUUCAAGCUGCGGGUGAUCCUGUCAGUGGUGAUGGCUGUCCUGUAUGUGGUGAGCCCCAUCGACAUCAUUCCUGAGGCCUUCCUGGGGCUGCUGGGUCUGGCCGACGAUGUGGUGGUCAUCAUCAUCAUCCUCAUUCAAGUCAGCAUUGUCUACCGCACGGUGGUGGCCAACAGGGACUGGUAGCGAGGAUGUGGUGGUGGUAGUGGGCUGUGUUCUCCUUCCUCUGUGUGUGUGAGUGUGUGUGUGUGUGUGUGUGUGUGUGUGUGUGUGUGUGUGUGUGUGUGUGCAGAGUAAGGAAGGUAGUGAAAAUAUGCUUUUCUCCUUUCUUCCCAUUAUCUAGAUAGAGGAAAUAAUGUAGUGGAGAUGAUGGCAAGAAGCAAAAGCCUCACUCUUCUCAGCAUCUGCCUCUCGUGUGUGGCUGUCAGCGAGGAUUGCUUUACAAUGGAAGUGUUUUAGAUCACACUGGUUUGCUUUCUAUUAACAUUCAUAGGCCCAGAGUAUAGGGAGAGAGUAGACAGUGCCAUGCUCACCUUAACACAAUGCCUGUGGCCCUGUGAGGACUAGAGGCAACAGGAAAGAAGUAUAUCUGUAUCUUCCAGUAUUCUCCUUUAAUCCUCAAAAAUUGGAAGCAAGGGAACAGUCAAGUAGAAUGAUUAGUUGACAUUUGAAAUUCCCUUCUAUAAGGAACACAACACUCAAAAUACUCUCUUCAGAUUUUCAGUAAUCACUAAAAUAUAAGGAAGUUUAAAAUAUAUGGGUGUUCUUUCUUCUUCAGUUUGUUAAAGAUGAUGCUCAGGACCUGCAAUCUAUGUCAUUACUUAUUGUUAUUAUUAUUAUUAUUAUUGUUAUUAUUAUUAUUAUUAUUGUUGUUUAUUUUAUUUUUUUAUAUCUUGUAGUUGCAGAGGACCUCAUUAGUUUGAAAUCUCUGUACAGUACAUGCUCAGCUUAUUGUUUUGGUCUGCAUAACCCUUUGGGGGAUUGUAGAGGAAUUAGAUCUGACAUGAUUCACAUUAUUGGCUUUGGCAGUUAUGUAGGGAGUGGAAAACUGAAGGGAAGAACAUUCAUAACAUUUUUUUUUCUUUUUUUAUGUGUGGUAAAAAUGUUCCUGACAGCGUGAUGUGAGGCUUGCUGUACAUGAGUGUUGGUGAGCGUUGUGUGAUCGGCAUGAACUCAGUAGUGCAGUAGAAGACAGCAGCAGGUGAAGGCUUGCUGUGCCGAGUGGCCAGUGCUUCACCGUGAGAAGUGAGUCUGGGAGGAUUAGUAUUUUGUGCAGUGAUUUCAUUGAUAUUACUGUAAUCUGUUGGGAUACCUUCUAGAAGUAUUGGUGUGUGGUGUAGAUGUAAGUGUGUGUACCUAGGAAUGAAGCACUACAGUAUACAACUCAGAAAGUUUUCCAAAUCACUCAUGAUAUAUAUUUGUGAAGAUUUAAGUUAAUUUGGAGCUCCUUUUUGGUUCUGAAACCAAAGGAUGAUAAUGGCAAUCAUGUAAACAUUUAUUUUAUGAGAAAAGCCAUCAUUAAUAAUUCAGUUUGGUGAAAUUUGUACUGUACAUAGUUAUAAUUUUAAUGUUUUAUUCAAUUUCCUAUGGAAAAGGAAGAAAAAUCCAAAGCAAAACAAAAAUAUAUUGUGUACAUAGUCAUAUACAGUACUAGUAUUGUACAGUGUGGGAGUAUGUGCUGCAGUUCAGGCUACAGAAGAAGCAAAAAAGAUUCAGCAGCUUGAGCCUGCAGCUGAUCUGAAUAUGACUAAGCCUGUAUUGGAGCACAGUGAAUUUUGUAUGUGGGUAGAGAGAAUCUCUCUUGAAUGGUGGCCACGCAUGGCACCCCAGACAUGAAUAUGACACGAGUGGCCACAGCCAGUGAUCAGUCUUGGCACAGCUGUCCUGCAUGUCUAGUGUGUCCUGACAAGCCAAGGAAAAACAUCUGCAGAAUUGAGCACCCAGUGAAUUUCCUCCAGUGCCUCCAGAGUGGCAGGCACAGGCAUGGCAAGGCAACACCUUGCCUUGUCCACAUCACCACUUCCUUUUUAUUUUAAAUUAAAUGCUGCAGCACUGACAUAGUCUCAUGCCUUUCACAUUAAUGAAAUUUUAGUUUCUUUAGGUAACAAACAAAACGUUUAGAGCCGUAACAUUUCAAAACCUCUUCAUCUCAGCCUUGCAGUGCCUCGCCUUUGGCCGCACUGCCGCUGUGAUGCCUUGCUGGUGUGAGUGUUGCCCUGAGGAGAAGAGGGUGAAGGGUACACUCUGUAUAAAUUUUGUAUGUAACAUGUUUUCUACUUGAUAAUCCAGGGCUCAGAACUGAAGAGGCACUGUGUCUGUGUGUGCAUGUGUUUUUAGCUUUUAGCAGGUGUUUCAAAGAUAUCAUACUUUUUAGCAGAAGAGUCAUAUCCAUCAGAGAUAUAUUUUUAGAGUAUCAUCAUGGCUUAUAUUCUGCUCUUGUACAUUUGAUUCAGUAGACUCAUAUGUGCUGGUACAUGCGUAGCAGACUUUUAGAAAAUACGAUACUUUUUUCACUAGUAAUAUUCACACAUUAUUUUUACACUCAACAAACUGCCGAGCACAAGAUUGCGACCGAGGCUCAAGAGAUGGAGUGCCUCGCUGUGCUGGAGGUGAAGGUGUCCAGAGAGACGUCCAGCAGGAAGGUGACGAGUCAGUGGCACGGCUGAAAUAGAUUCUCAAAAGGAAACUGUUGAUGUAGGGUCUUGUGUAUAUGAAUUACAAAGUAGGGUGCUGUACAGAGGGACUGUCCUGUCUCAUGUUGAACUGCUGGAGUGAAUGCUUCAUGUGUGUUCAUUGUCAUCACCACAGCAGCCCACAUGCAGGAGCUGUGGUGUCUGUUGGUGUGACAAUUUGUAUCUGAUUUUAAUGUUACACUUAUCUCAAAAUGUCAGGAAAUGUGACUCAAGUUUUGGUAUGAUAAGAUAAUGGUGUUUUGACUGAAUGUUUACCUUUGUGUGUGUUGUGGUGUGGUGUGGUGUGGUGCAGUAGUUGGCCUGGAGGGAGGGGCCACAUGUCCUCACCUGACUGUUCUUAAUGCAUUCAAACAAAACUGAGUCAAUUCUUCAUUCUCUUCCAGCUGUUAACACACAUCAUAUUUUCUCUGAAGCUGAACAAUUUUGUCACAUACGACUUUUAAUAUUCCACUGUUUAACACAAUGUUGCCCUGUCUGUAUGAAUUAAUAGUCUUACUUUCGAAAGACUUUUCUUGUGUAAUUUUUGCUGUGCCUUCUUGAUGAUGUCAGUCUGUGGAGAACCACCGGUAGACUGAGAGGUGUAUGUGUGUGCAUGUGUGAAAGAGAGAGAGAGAGAUCAGAGAGAAAAAGAGAGAUAGGUGAGACUGCACAAAAUAAUGAAACAAGCACACUAGUCAGAAUGUGGGAGCUUUCCUUAGGCCGUUAGGUUCACAGGGGACACAAACAGAGCCACACCUGAUGAGACCCUUCCUUUCCUGCCUGUACCUUCCCGCCCCUACCUCCCUCAGUGCCUCUAGUUGUUGUUGUCUUGGCGAGGAGUGACCAAGGACAUUCUGAACCAUAUUCUGACACACUCCACACCUCCACUACUUUCAAAAGGUUCUAGUUGAUGCUUUGCAGGUUUUUAAGAGCGUUUUUGUGGUUCUAGUGACAGAUUAACAAGAUUUCUACAUUAUUAACAGUAGAAACACUCUUGAGAACCUGGCUUAUCAUCUCUGUGGCCUAUGAAAAUAUUUGUGGUGAGAGAGAGAUGAGUGUUUCUGAAUACAGGUCUCUGUCUCUAUCGGUCCUGCCAGUGUGUGUGUGUUCUUCCCAUUAAAGCCACUCAUUUACUGUUGUUUAGCUUGACUUGGGAUUUUAAUGUAUUUUUAGCUUUGUGUUUUGGCUUUCAAGUGAGUUUGGUUUGUAUCCUUGUGGCUUUUGUACUGCCAUGAGUGAAGUGCACAUUGACUUCAUCUGUGAAUAACCUGCUUUAAUUUGCUGUAAAGUUGUGAGUUACUUAAUGAUGUUUAGUACUUCCUCAUGACCUUUUAAUUACAAUGUGUUUAUUUAAUACUGUUGUUAACCUAUUGACUAUUUUGUAACCUGUUUUAUAAGGCAAUACUAAGCCAUACUGAGACUUAAGCAUAGAUAUACAAAUAGACUGCAGGAAACUAGACCAGAUGCACAAAUUUAUGAAGUAUUUUGGUCCAGUUAUACUGUGGAAGAUGAGAUUAAAGCUAACUGUUUGAAUAAGACACAGCGGCCGUCAAGGUGUGUACUGCUGGCAAAACUCUUAACUUGGUAUAAGCUUGAGUGACGAAAAUGUAAAAUUGUGUGUGUGUGUGUGUCAGUUUUUUUUUUAUUUUUUAUUUAUUUAUUUUAUUUUUUAUUUAUUUAUUUUUUUACCUGAAGAUUAAAACUUUUCUAUGGUGACAAAAUAGUGCAUCAAUUUUCCGUUCCUUUUUCCGUGCAUUUCUUAUACCAGGUUAGCAUUUCCCCAACAGGAAUCAGUAAUGACGAGCCAUCCUCUAAAACCCUCGGCCGCAGAGCAUCAUGUAUUAUUGUAUUGGAGAUAAUCAGUGUGUCAUAUUGUGCCUUUAUGUUGAGGGCUGCAGCCAGUCAGUCAGUCAGUCAGUCCCCCCACUUGUUACCCGAAGGUGGGGCUGAGUGCUGAGUGUUAGCCUCCUCUCAGCCGCCACCAGCAAUGCUACUGCUGCUCCUCGGCCCCCUCAAUUUUGUCAAGGAUAGUGAUGAAUAAAGCAUCCUUUUGUAA